AUGGGGAGCAGCGUUUUCACCCUGGUCCUUGCCCUGGCCCUGUUGGCAUGUGUCACCCCUGCAGAGAGGAAGUGCCUACUCUCUGGGUCUUGGCGGAGCGACAGCGGAUGCCGGAUGGUGGUGUCCAUUCUCAGCAAGGAUGGCAGCUUCUCCGGGUCCUACCUGCCGGGGCCUGCGGACGGUGACCCCGAUAUCUUCACCUCGCCACUGGAAGGGUCCCAGCAGGAUGCAGGACUGGUUCCAAAUCCCACAUUCUCCUUCACCGUGCGCUGGCAGUUCCGAGACUCGGAGAUAGCCCGGACAACCGCCUUCCUGGGCCAGUGCUACGUGGGCACCAACGGGGAGGAGACCCUGCACACAGUGUGGCUCUUGCGAGAGGUGUCCGACAGCCCUGCCAACGACUGGAAAGCCACACGGAUUGGCACGAGCGUUUUCACCCGGAUAAAAUAA